GAAGAAGACUCGACGCAGCAGCAAACAACCAGAAUUUCGCCAUGGGAAGAAGACCGGCUAGAUGUUACCGACAGAUCAAGAACAAGCCAUAUCCCAAAUCUCGUUACUGUAGAGGUGUGCCUGAUCCCAAGAUUAGGAUCUACGAUGUUGGAAUGAAGAAGAAAGGAGUCGAUGAGUUCCCCUUUUGCGUACACUUGGUCAGUUGGGAGAAAGAGAAUGUCUCCAGUGAGGCACUUGAAGCAGCACGUAUUGCCUGCAACAAGUACAUGACAAAGUUUGCAGGAAAGGAUGCUUUCCACUUGAGGGUUAGGGUUCAUCCUUUCCAUGUUCUUCGUAUCAACAAGAUGCUUUCAUGUGCUGGAGCUGAUAGGCUUCAGACUGGUAUGAGAGGUGCCUUUGGAAAACCACAGGGAGUUUGUGCCCGUGUAAGCAUUGGUCAAGUUCUUCUAUCUGUUAGAUGCAAAGAUGGUAACAGUCAGCAUGCUCAAGAGGCUCUUCGUAGGGCUAAAUUCAAGUUCCCUGGUCGCCAAAAGAUUAUUGUCAGCAGGAAAUGGGGAUUUACUAAGUUCAGUCGUACUGACUAUGUUCAGUGGAAAUCUGAGAACCGAAUCAUGUCUGAUGGUGUUAAUGCUAAGCUUCUUGGAUGCCAUGGGCCUCUUGCAAAUCGUCAACCUGGAAGAGCUUUCUUAGACGCAGUUGCAUAAAUUUUAUCCCAGGAAGAAAUAACCCUUUUUCUUGUUUUGCUAAAAUGACAUUUUAUAAUCGUGUUUUGUUUUUCCCUUGUGUUUGGGCUACUGCAAUGCACUGAAAGGAAUUCUUGCUACUUGAACUCGAAUGCACGGUGGUUUGAUUUAUGUAGUCUUUCUUCUGGAUGUUUGUUUGUGUGUGAUUUUUUUACUGUUUCUUUGAAGGCUUAAGUAUUUAUAACAAAUAGUAUGAAAAAAAGGUUGUGCUAAUUUUUUCGUUAUGUAAUGAAGUUAUCUAUUUGUAGGAUAUUUUGUUUCAUAAAUUAGUAACAAACCAAGAAUUACUCA